AUGCUAGCAGCUAGCAAAGAGAAGAACUGCGAGGCUAUUGAACUAUGGGUGAAACCAGUGAUCAACCACCUGUACCACUGUGUCACACAUAGUGAAGGGAACGCUGUACGAGUCAUCUCAAUGUGGCGGAGUUUCAAUAAUCAUGUCUCAAAUAUUCAUGACGGUCACGAAGGACCAUACUCACGGUGCCUUCACCCUCCUCUCGAUGACAAAAAACGACCAUGGCUCCUCCCAGAUUCUCGUCCAAAGACAAAGCUGACUACUAUCACUGAGGCGAAGCACCUACUCAAGGACCUCCAGCACCUUUCACCAGAUGUUCAAACAUCCGGAUUAGAAGCAUUCCACAGCUUGUUAAUCAGGCAGCAUGCCAUGACUGAGGAUGGAGAGUAUAGGUACAGGGUGAGGGCAUCAAAAAUCUACAAGCAGGAGCACGUUGCGCUGCCUAUCAAAGAUGAACCAACAUUUCACUACUGUGAUGAGCUCAUGGAGAAAUGCAUCGAGUUGUGCAACACAUGCCCAUCUUUCAAUGACGCUUUCAAGGCUUUUCCCAGCUAUGACCCGCCCUUCCUCACAGAAGCAAAUCCUGCACCAAACAAAAAGGAGCUAGUUGCUGUGAGAGAGCACCGCUUGGGCCCUUGCAGCUGCGCUCAGUGCACUGGUUAA